AUGGCCACUAGUGGGGCCCGGUAUCUACCGCUCAUUGUGACGGUCGGUGGCUUUGUCCCAGCAGCACUAGCGUGGCAACGAGUUGACAAGCAGGGCCGUGACGGGCUCCGACGUUCCCUCACCUUCUGGUCAACUGCCCUGCCAGCGUUCGCGGCAUACAAAGCCGUGGAGUGGUACGCUGAGUCCUCCCCAGCAGCGAUACGACCAACGACACAGCAAGCUGAUAAUUUGUACGAGUCCUUGCAUGAGAUGUACAGCCCUAUUGUUCGCAACGCCACGGUGGCUUUGCGCGGCUUCUACCUCAAGGCCAGCCAAAUGAUGAGCCUACGAGACGAGUUUUUACCGAAGCAGUAUUUAGAAUGGUGCCGGAAGAUGCAGGACCAAGCCCCUGUUGUGAUGUCCUUUGCUGAGGCCGAGCAGGUCAUUAAGGAAGACCUUGGCAUUACUGACUUGUCAGAAGUUUUUCAAUUCAUAGACCCUCACCCAGUAGGGAGUGCCAGCAUCGGCCAAUGCUAUCGAGGGGUCCUCCGAGAAGAGUACGGUGGUCAUGAAGUCGCUAUUAAGGUCCAACCCGAGAACGUUGAGGCCCAGUUUAGAGCGGAUCUAGCCUCGUGUCGGGCCUUCUGUAAAAUGGCCCUACCUCAGCUGGUUCAACCCCUGGAUGAGAUAGAAAGUCAGUUUUUAACAGAGUUCGACUAUCAACUAGAGGCUCAGAACAUGGAGGAGAUCCGCCAGCAAAUUAUGCCCAAGUGGAGCCACAAAGUUGUGAUACCGAAGUCCUACCUAGACCUUUGCACCAGGAGAGUAUUGGUCAUGGAGUACCUCAAGGGUGGCACCAAGCUUCUCGACGGCCUCAUGGACUUUCUGCGACAAGAAGCUGUAAGGCAGGGCCGACCGGUUGAGGAACUCGAGCAUGAGCAUGUUGAACGGCUGCGACAAAGGAAAAAUCUAUCUCAUACUACUGUCGAGGCCUACAGACAGAGUGCUCGGAAGGUCUUGGUCCGGUCCAUGGAUGCAUUGUGUGCCGCUGUCUACCUCUGCUCACUGGGCACUGUCGGUCACUGGGGCCUUACUCCCCUACCCCCUAAUACUGCUGACCUCCUGGCAACUGUGAUGGAAGUUCAUGGCGAUCAAGUAUUCACACAUGGUACCUUCAAUGGCGAUCCCCAUCCUGGCAACAUCCUCCUUAUGCCUGAUGGCCGCUUGGGCCUCAUCGACUUUGGACAAGCAAGAGAGAGAGUUAAGCGUCUGGACCCGGCCUUCCGAGAACAUAUGGCGCGUCUCGUUAUUGCCUUGAACGACCACGACGAUGCAACUACGAUGAAGGUGUCGCCUCCCGCCUCGGUCACUACACCAUGCAUGGUUCAGAUCCUUUUUGCGACCGGGUAUCGACACAAAUACAACGACCCCGAGACAGCUCUCCGCUUGAUUGCAUUCUGGCUAGACAGAGACACUACCCCUGAUGUCAUUCCCGAAGGUUCGUAUGACCUAUGA